CUUCAUCUACUCUUUAUGCUUACAUUCAACUAGGGUUUAUCACUCUCCCUACUCAAUUCCUACCCUUAUCGAUUGUAUAAGUCGCUGUUCCAUCAAUUUGUUAAGUUUCCAACGCAAGAUAAAAAUCAGUUGAUUUUGCACUAGAUAUUAACUUCAUGUACUUAUUUUUAUUUUUAUUUUUAUUAUUAUUAUUUUAACCUUUAUGGUCUGGUCGUGAAUCAGCUUGAGGAAAUGAAGUGUGAAUUUAUGUUUGGAAAUUGCUUCGUAUUGAAGUUUCAUGGUUGUGACGGUUAGCGAUAUAGCUAUCUUUCUGCUUAGAGAUUUACCCCAAACCCUAAGUGUGGGUUAGUCGUUUUGUUGUUUGCAUCAGUAUGUGAAUAGAAAAAUGGAUUGAUAAAACUGCAUGACAAAAAUGUCACUCGUUUUAGUAAUGAGCUUGUUUCUUUUAAUGUUCUUGGCAACAAAGAUUGUGAAUUUCUUCUAUCAUUUCUCUGCUAAUGUAAUACUCGUUAAUUUUCCUGUGAAAAGUUAUCAUGUGAAGAGGAUAAAAUGGAGUAAUGCAAAACCCAGAUCUUGUUUAUGUCAUGAAAGUUUUCAUUUAUUCAACAUUGCUUCUAGGUACAUUACAAUGAAGCGGAAACGUGCACCUAAAAAGGACAAACUUGAAAUGCCAUUAGCAAAGAAGAGACUUCAAAAUAUUGAUGCUCUAAUGGCAGAAAAACAUGUGAUGAAUGAUGAACCUGAAAAGAUUACUUCAGUGCACAUGGAAACUGAAAAUCCAAGAACUACUACUAGCGCCACCAUUAGAAGUAGACAAACAGAUUUAGAGAUAGGAAAAAUUGGUUAUGGGGAGAUGACAGGUUAUCCAAAAGCAUUGGGUGACAUCAUUGUAACUGUUUUAAAAGAGAUUUCCAAGGAAGCUGGUGGCUUAGCUAACCUUACAAAGAGCUUAGUUGAUAACUCAAUCAGCAAUGGACAGAUGGAGCAACCUCAUGCUGACAUGGAUCUUGAGGAAAAAGAAAGCCAACAUCAUCAAAAUCCAGAAUACAACCAGGAAGAAUUAGAUGCUGCUUUAACAGUGAUCAAAAAGACCAUGAAGUUGGAUGCAGCUGAUCCGUUUAACAGACCCGUGGAUCCUGUUGAACUUGGAAUUCCUGAUUACUUAGAUGUGAUCGAUACACCAAUGGAUUUUGGUACAAUAUGCAACAAUCUUGAAAAUGGCCUAAAGUACAUGAAUUCAGCAGAUGUGUUUAAAGAUGUACAAUAUAUUUGGUAUAAUUGUGUCAAAUAUAAUAAAAAAGGCGAUUAUAUUUUGGAGCUCAUGAAGCGUGUGAAGGCCCCCUUCAUGAAGUACUGGAAAGCAGCCGGAUUACAAACCGCACAAUCACCCCCUAUUAUUGAGUCAUCUAUCUUGAAAGAAAAAGACCACCCAUUGUCCCCACCUGCCAAUAAUGUCACCCUCCCACCUCAAAACAAGGCUGGCCCUAUCCAAGUAGCAGAAAUUGAUCCCAUUCCGAUCAACAUACAAAAUCGAAGUCAAAGUCAAAGUCAAGGUCAAGUCCAAAAUCAAACCCCACAGAACUCUACUCCACAAUCUUCGUCAGAACAGGAUGAUGAUCCCCAAUAUUGUAUUCCUGAUUCUAGAAGUAUUCAAAAGAAGCGCCAAUUUCAUGAUGAACUAUCAAAUAAGCAAAAAGGAUAAAAAUCAUGACCAAUGAACUGGGCCAGCCUGUGGGGCCCGAGGCAUGCAAAUUAACAAGCUUUCUUGGUUUCAUAGCACGUGAUGGAAACUUGGCUCCUUUAACUUAUGCCACUUGGAUUAAAAUGCCAGAAGAGUACAAAGAGAACAUGUGGCAGAAAGUUCUG